UUACUCAAAAUAUUGACAUGUUUACCAUUAAGGGCUUUCUACUGCUCUCGGCUGUUGUCCUGUUGGACGCUCAUCAUUUGCCGACUAACUUGCAUGUAGAUAAUCGCAUAAUAGGCGGCAAUGAUACGACGAUUGAGGCGGCACCGUGGCAGAUCUCCCUGCAGAAACAAGGCUGGCAUAUCUGCGGUGGUUCCAUCUACAGCAAGAACAUCAUUGUGACCGCGGCUCAUUGUGUUCAAGGAGAAAGUCCAGAUGUGUUGACAGUGCGCGUUGGUGCCACAAACAACAAAAACGAUGGAAAGGUUAUCAGGGUUCGAAACUAUAUUGAACACGAGCAGCAUAAUCAACCAAAAUUUGCAAACGAUAUUGCGGUAAUACGCCUAGUGGACGAUAUAAUCUUCAGUGCCUCAGCUCAACCCAUUGAACUGGCCAGAAAAGCGCCGGCAGAUGAUGCCAGUGCUCGCGUUACUGGUUGGGGAUUUACUAAUGGCGGCAUACUGCCAGACAUUUUGCAGAGCGUGGAUGUGAGGAUCGUGAGCAAGCAGAGCUGCCAGCAAAUUUUUGGUGGUCAAGUCACAGGUACUAUGAUUUGUGCUGGAAGGCCAGGAGAAACCGUGUGCAGUGGCGACUCUGGUGGCCCACUGGUGGUGAACGGUGAGCUUGUUGGCGUCGUCUCUUGGGCUGCCGGGGAUUGUUCAACUGUGGGUGUUUUCGCCGAUGUUGCUGACCUGCGGAAUUGGAUUGAAGAGAAGGCUAACAGUCUAAGCUAACUUGGAAUUGGAUAUUGAAUGAAUCUAUGACUUAACCAAACACUUAACAAA